AUGUCAGAAUCGGAUUCUUCAGUGUCAGAAACAACAACAGGAGUCAUGUCAUCCACACCAUCAGGAGCUUUAGCAUCGCUGUCGAGCCGCAAAUCGUCAAGGCUUUUGUUGAGGUCGUCGAUAUCGCCAUCCGUUAGGCUGCCCGCAGAGCGAGCAGAGUUCAGAGUUCAGAGCGAGCAGCCUAACGCUCAUGGUGACAAGAUUAAUCAGAAAGAUAAUGUUACUCCCGGAGAUCCUACUUUUAUAGCCCAGACUCCAAAUAUUCAACUGUUCGAGAAAAUUCGAACAUUGCUAGCAACGGCAGCAGCCGGCAACCUCAACAGCAGAUUGGGCGAGGGCACCACUACCAUCAACACUGUCAAGCACUGGUUCGCUCGCUUCACAAGCGAAGACACCGACUUCGAAGACAAGCCCCGGCCGGAACGCCUCCACAUUGUCGAAGACUCCGCCAUUCUCGACGCUGUCAAAGAGGAUCCGGAGAUCAACACCCGUAGUCUGCCGCGAGAUUCGGGUGUAGACAUUCAACAGUCGUCAGUCGCCUCCAGGCUCUCGGCUACAGAAACGUACUGGCUCGAUGGAUCCUUCACACCUUGA